CCAACUCUAUCAACUGAUGUGUUUUUGUUUCCAAAGCAAAGCUUAUGUAAUAUCGACGCGAGGAGGAGUUGUCUUUAUUAUUCCUUCUGUUGGCGGUACAAUAGCUCGAUAGGUGUUUUAUUACAUUAAAAUAUUAUAUUGCGGUCAACAUGUUGGCAGGAAUUGUGCGAAAUUAUUCGUUUGUAAACAAAGGUGUUCAAUUUUCUAGAAAUCUAUCCAUUUCGAGUUCACGAUGGAGUUCAGUAGGGUCACAGCAUGUUCAAGAAUUGCAGCUAACAUACCUUACCGGGGAGGACAAGCAGGGCAUCGCUGUGAUUGGACUGAACCGCCCAAAGGCAAAAAAUUCCUUCAGCAAGGCUCUUGUUCAACAGCUGCUGGAUACAGUGGAUGUGUUGGCGCACGAUAAAAACGUCCGGGUGGUAAUCCUUCGUAGUUUGGUCCCAGGAAUUUUCUGCGCUGGAGCCGAUUUGAAAGAAAGAGCAUCGAUGAGUCCACAGGAUGUGGGACGGUUCGUAUCCAAGUUAAGACAGAUGAUGACGAGUAUUGAGCAGCUUCCUGCUCCUGUUAUCGCAGCUAUUGAUGGACCAGCUCUUGGGGGAGGUUUAGAAAUGGCCCUGGCAUGCGAUAUGCGGGUGGUAACGAGCAGCGUGAAACUGGGCCUGGUUGAAACCAAGCUGGGAAUCAUUCCAGGUGCUGGUGGAACCCAACGAUUGCCGAGGAUCUUGAAUCCAGCCGUUGCCAAGGAGCUGAUUUUCACAGCCCGACAGAUAACUGGUGAUGAAGCAAAAUCCUUAGGAAUCGUGAACUAUUCUGUUCCAGCAAACAAGGAGUCGGAUGCUGCUUAUCAAAAGGCAUUACAGCUAGCGAUGGAGAUAGUUCCGAAUGGACCGGUUGGUGUACGGAUGGCCAAGAAAGCGAUUGAUAAGGGCUUGCAGGUAGAUUUGGCAACCGGUUGCGCCAUCGAGGAAGCUUGUUAUGCCCAGAUAAUACCGACAAAAGAUCGACUCGAAGGACUGAAAGCAUUCGCGGAGAAGAGGAAGCCCAAGUUUAUUGGAGAGUAGAAAUUCCAUUUUAUAUUCAAUGGUUUCUUGGUUUGAAAAUCACAAACCUUUUUUCUAAUUCCGUGUAUUGUGGUUUUAAAAAACUUCGCAAUUAAGUUCUAUACAAACAACUUUGAUUCAUAAUAUUUAACUGAGUCCUUGCUGGGUUAACUUUUUUGAAACUGAAUACGAAUAUGUUGUUCAGUUGCAACACAGAAUUACAGGUUGAGUAAAACCAAUAAAAAAAUAGAAAUAUCCAAAUUCCGCAUAAAAUCAUGUGAUAGAAAAGUGCAUUUAUUUUCUAAACCUCGAUUCCACUGAGGUUUUAAAGCUGUGGUCAAACCAUACAUUAAAGAUAAGUUUCUCGUAGAAUAAAAACAAUUACA